GUCGCGGGCUACUUGAACAGAGAAAGCAGCACUCCAGUAACUGCAGGAACUGGGGUUGGUGAGGAGUUGCAAGUUAAUCUCUGGUUAUUCGGAUCGCUAAAAAACUGCACCUCGAAAAUACAAGAGACCCAGCAUGGACAGCUGAAAGUGAUACGUCUGGGGAGGCGGUGAUCGGUCGUUUUUUUAAGUUUGUUUUUUUUUAAUUCUAGACUUUGGGAGGGGUAUUGGAGGACCUCUUCGUAGUAGAAGACUCUAACCCUGAUGUUACAAUUUAUGUUUUUUCUGGUUGCUUGCUAGUUCAUAACGUCACAAUUGUUAACCCGGAACUACGGCGGUUGUUUUAUUUUAAAUUUUAGAACUUUAUUUUAGCGUACUAGCUGAGCAACAAUGUUUGGUAUCAGUCGCGAUCACGCUGCGAGUGACUUGCAGAAAAAUCAAGACCGGGAAAACAUGCUUCUUAAACAAAGGGCUGCUGCAAAACACCGGCUUGAAGAUCAAGAAAAUAUAAACCCAAAAGCUACAAGCAGAAGUGUUUUGGGAGCUUUGCAGAACAACCAGAGAAGCGCAAGACCCCAGCUACAACAAGGAACAAAACAGGGCCAUUCGUGUCAAGUGCUGUCCUGCACAAAUUCUGAGAACCAUGGCCGGGAUCCUUCAGAGAAGAUGGGUGCAAAGCAGCCCGGUUUCACAAUUCACGUGGAUGAGCCUGAUGGUGCUUGUACCAAGAAGCAAGUGGCCUCCAAAGCUAAAGUCCUCAUGGAGAAGCCUCUGCUUACAAUUAACCCCAUCGCGGGGAACAGACAGCCCCUUUCCGUUAUUGAGUGCCCUCUGGAUGCCAGUUUUGAUUCGCCAGUGGCUAUGGACAUGUCGGUAUGUGAUGCUGAGGAAAAACCAAGGGAUGCAAAUGAAGUGCCAGACUAUGCUGUAGAGAUCCACAAAUACUUAAGGGAAAUGGAGAUAAAGUCCAGGCCCAAAGCUGGCUACAUGAAGAAACAGCCAGACAUUACGAACAGCAUGCGAGCCAUCCUUGUGGACUGGCUGGUGGAGGUGGGAGAGGAGUACAAGCUGCAGAACGAGACGCUCUAUUUGGCUGCGAACUAUAUUGACCGUUUCCUGUCCGCGAUGUCGGUCCUGCGGGGGAAACUGCAGCUGGUCGGGACGGCAGCUAUGCUGUUGGCUUCGAAAUUCGAAGAGAUCUACCCCCCAGAAGUCACGGAGUUCGUCUACAUCACGGAUGACACUUACACCAAGAAGCAAGUGUUGAGGAUGGAGCAUCUUAUUUUGAAAGUGCUGUCUUUUGAUCUUGCUGCUCCUACAAUCAACCAGUUUCUCACCCAGUACUUCCUUCAUCAGCCAGUGAACCAGAAAGUUGAGAGCUUGUCAAUGUUCCUGGGGGAGUUGAGUUUAGUUGAUUCGGACCCGUUCCUGAAAUAUCUCCCGUCGGUUACAGCUGCCGCGGCCUUCGUUUUGGCACGGUAUACGAUUACAGGUGUUUCAUGGCCGCAGUCUCUGAUUGAGUUGACGGGCUACACUGUGGAGUCCCUCAUGCCCUGCAUCAUGGAUCUGCAUCAAACCUACCUCAAUGCUCCACAGCAUGCGCAACAGUCUGUGAGGGAGAAAUACAAGGGUACAAAGUACCAUGAAGUUUCUCUGAUUGAACCACCAGAAAAAGUGAUGCUGGUUUAAAGUUGGGAGUUUUUAUUUCCAUGGGAAGACUUUUUUUAAGAUUUUUAAUGUACAGUUUUUUAUUUUUCUAAUGUCACUACCAUGACCAGAGUAUUUCAAUAACUGCAAGCCGUAGGUUUGUCUAUGGUAUACAGAUGCCAGUUUUGUACUUUUAAUGUAUUUUAUGUGCAAUCUUCUAGGGUGUUGAUUAUUGACAUUUAUAACUGCCUCAAGUGUAAGUUGUAUUCCUCAUACCAUGCCUUGAGGAGCUAACAGAUUGUGUGAGGGUUUAUAGCAAGUAAAGCUAUUGGAAGUUAUAAAUGCUUUUAUCUUGUAAAUUCCACCUUCUAUAAUAAAGGUACAGUUGACAUACUA